AUGGUGCUCAGGCUCCCAGUUUCUCAGUUUCCCUCCAGGAUGGGUUUCUUCACGUUCCUCGGGUCUGUUAAGAGCGACCUAAUCCUCUUUUUAACUCCGUGCGCUCUCCUUCCUCUGCCUUUGGUGAUCGGGACAUCGGAGGCAGAAUGUGCGUAUGUGAUCAUCUUAAUGGCGGUGUACUGGUGCACUGAGGUACUUCCACUGCCUGUGACAUCACUUCUCCCAGCUGUCCUUUUCCCUUUGUUUGGCAUAAUGCAGUCUAAAGAUGUGGGCAUGCAGUACUUGAAGGACACCAACUUGCUGUUUGUGGGAGGCCUGCUGGUCGCCGUGGCGGUGGAGCACUGGAACUUGCACAAACGCAUCGCUUUAAGGGUGCUGCUAAUCGUCGGUGUGCGUCCGGCGCUGUUGAUGCUGGGAUUCAUGGGUGUCACUGCGUUCUUGUCGAUGUGGAUCAGCAACACGGCUACCACGGCUAUGAUGGUGCCAAUUGUCCAAGCAGUGUUGGAUCAGCUCAACAACAGUGACAGAGAAGUGCCACAGAUCAUCAGUUCAGACGAGCAUGUCCAGACAUCAGACACUGACUGCAAGCCACCAGCGCAGACAGAAAAAGAGGCAGAGGGAAAAGGCCCAGUGGUUGUGACUUUCUUAGAUGACUCAGUCGAGGUUGCCAGGCACAAGGAGGCCAUAGAGAGGCGAAGAAUGGGUAAAGGGAUGACCUUGUGUGUUUGUUACGCUGCCAGCAUCGGAGGCACCGCCACGCUGACAGGAACUGGUCCCAAUCUGGUGCUUAUGGGACAAAUGAACCAGUUGUUUCCUGAAAAUGAAGAUGUGAUUAACUUUGCCUCCUGGUUCGGAUUUGCGUUCCCAAAUAUGAUCCUCAUGCUGACACUAGCCUGGCUCUGGCUGCAGUUUGUCUUCAUGGGGUUCAAUUUCAGGAAAACAUGGGGCUGUGGGGCAGCCAAGACAGAAAAGGAGAUUGCUGCAUAUAACGUGAUCCGUGAGCAACACCGUCAGCUGGGGACCAUGAGUUUCGGAGAGAUAAGUGUGUUGAGUCUCUUCGUUUUGCUGGUAGUCCUUUGGUUCUCCAGAGAUCCGGGUUUUGUUCGUGGCUGGGCUACAGAGCUAAACUCCACAGCAGAAUAUGUGACAGAUGCCACAGUAGCCAUCUUUGUGGCCAUCCUGCUCUUUGUCCUACCCUCUGUACCACCGCGAUUCUGUUCACGCGGGGCUCGAAGUUUUGAUAUAACCACAGAACAGACCUCUACCUCAACACCCCGACUCCUCACCUGGACAGUUGCCCAAAAGAAGGUGCCAUGGGGCAUUAUACUUCUCCUUGGGGGUGGGUUUGCCCUCGCCAAAGGGAGUGAAGUAUCAGGGCUCUCAAAGUGGAUGGGGAACCAAAUGACUCCUCUGCAGAACAUCCCUUCCUGGGGAAUAGCUAUCAUUUUGUGCCUACUGAUUGCUACUUUCACAGAGUGCACCAGCAAUGUGGCGACUGCAACGCUGUUCCUACCUGUCUUAGCCUCAAUGUCUCAGUCCAUUGGAAUCAACCCGCUGUAUGUCAUGGUGCCCUGCACUCUGAGCGCCUCGUUCGCCUUCAUGCUGCCCGUCGCCACCCCUCCCAACGCCAUAGUCUUCUCUUAUGGACACCUGAAGGUUGCUGACAUGGCUAAGGCUGGGAUAGUUAUGAACAUUAUCGGCAUCGUUUGCGUUACACUGGCCAUCAACACCUGGGGCAAGGCGAUGUUUCACCUGGACACUUUCCCUGCCUGGGCCAACGUCACAGGCGUCUGAACGACUUCUGCCAUCACACACCAUCUAUGCACGCCCUCCUCCCCCAGACCCCGUCCUCGGGUGACAAACACCUGAAACCAGAUUGAAAGCCUGGGACCAAACAGUGAGCUUCAUGUGUUGUAUUGCUGUCUGGAUUUUAUGAGUGUUUUGUGACGGAAAGUGGAGGGGAAUGUGGCUGGAAAAGACACAUGUCAAUAUUUAUACAUCACAAUGAAGACAUACUUGAAUGAAAGCCCCUGAUUGCCUUAAAUUACACGACACAAACCAAAUGCUGUCUACUAACUUAAAACCAGGAAAUAUGAAUUAUCCCAGCAGCUAGUUCUGGUGGAGUAAUUGAAAACAAACCUAAUAUUUUGUAAAAG